CUCCCACAAUGCCACUCUGCUAUCUCUGUCUAUUCUUAGGCUGUCACUUCAGCUCAGAGCAGGCAGGUUCCUCUUCUUCCUCAGCUUCCCUCGGUGCCUUCGCCUCAGUUCCCCCAUCGUUCUCCUGCUGUCCUCCUCCAGAGCCUCCGUCCCGUCUCUCUGCUCAGCGUGGGGCUGUGCUUCAGAGAUCCGCCCUCAGUUUGGAGCUCCUCCUGGCUUCUCUGGAAGAAUGAGCGCCUACACGGUGACCCUGCCAGGCCCCGGGCCCUGGGGCUUCAGGCUGCAGGGGGGCAAGGACUUCAACAUGCCUCUGACCAUCUCCAGGAUCUCUCCGGGCAGCAAGGCGGCGCAGGGGAACCUGAUCCAGGGCGACGUCAUCGUCGCCAUCGAUGGCGUCAGCACAGAGGGGAUGACGCACCUGGAGGCGCAGAACAAAAUCAAGAUGGCCCAUCACAACCUGGCGCUCACCAUGACCAAGUCGAAGCGACCAGUUCCAAUGGCGCCACCAAGAAUGGAUGCAGGGAUUCCCAUGAUCCCCCAUCAGCAGUCGGUGCAGGUAAAUGGCCGCCCAUCGGCCUCAUCCAAGCCUGUAGAGAAAGGCUCUCCCGGGAGGAGAGGGGAAGCGGUCAGCCCCCGUCAGAGGAGGCAGUAUAACUCCCCUAUCGGCCUGUACUCAGAGGAGACUCUGAGGGAGAUGGCAGCCAUGCAGGCGGGUCGGCCUGUUGGCUGCAGUCCGGUGUCGGGUAAGGACCGGCUGGUGGACGGCACCUCCCCGGUCCAUCAGGCGGUCCGGAUCACAGAGAAGGACCAGGACCUGAAUGACUGGGGCCGUCGCAGCACCAGCUCCCAGUCCAAGACCUUCCAGCUCCUGGCCCACAUGACCCACACCGAGUCCUCUCUGCAGCAUCAGCAGGAGGAGGAGGAGGAGGUGACGAGGAGGAGCAGCCAGUACCGAAUGCCCCCACCCAUGUACCAGGCUCCGCCCCCUCAGCAAUACCAACCAAUCCAACAGCAGUACCAACCAAUGCCGCAGCAGUACCAACCAGUCCCACAGCACUACCAGCAGCCACCCCCACAACAAGCCCCGCCCACCCAGCAGAGCUCCAUCCAGAUCCCUGUUGGCUCCGCCCCCCCUAAGGUUGUCAGCACGGCCUGCAUCUACCCCUCCCAGCCAGCUCCAGUCCCCAACCACCCCCCACCUCCAGGGGGCGCCCCUGCCCCGCCUCCUUCUGCUCCUGCUAUGGACUCCGGCACCUCCGGCAGACCGCCGUGGGUGACCGACACCAACUUCGCCGAUAAGUUUGACCCCGGUAAGACGACCACCUCCUCCAUGAAGGUUCAGCCGCUUCCCCAAGGAGCCCCUCCCCCACCGACCUACAUCCCUAACCCCUCACCCGCUGGACCGGCGGCUCCCAGCCCCGCCCCAGUCACGCCUAGCCCCGCCCCUUUCCUUCCUGUGGCGAGGGGCGUGGCCCAGAGAGCAGAGCGGUUUGCCGCCAGCAGCCGUACGCCGCUGUGUUCGGCCUGCAACAGUGUCAUCAGGGGGCCCUUCCUGGUGGCCCUCGGCAGGUCCUGGCACCCCGAGGAGUUCAACUGUCACUACUGCCACGUGUCCCUGGCCGACGUCAGCUUCGUGGAGGAGCAGAACAACGUUUACUGUGAGAACUGCUACGAGGAGUUCUUCGCUCCGACCUGCGCUCGCUGCAACACCAAGAUCAUGGGGGAGGUGAUGCACGCCCUGCGGCAGACGUGGCACACCACCUGCUUCGUCUGUGCCGCCUGUGGGAAACCGUUCGGCAACAGCCUGUUCCACAUGGAGGACGGAGAACCGUACUGUGAGAAAGACUACAUCUCCCUCUUCAGCACCAAAUGUCACGGCUGCGACUUCCCCGUGGAGGCUGGAGACAAAUUCAUCGAGGCUCUGGGUCACACCUGGCACGACACCUGCUUCGUGUGCGCGGUCUGCCAUGUGAACCUGGAGGGUCAGCCCUUCUACUCCAAGAAAGACAAGCCUCUGUGCAAGAAGCACGCUCACGCCAUCAACGUGUAGACCCUCGGCUGGCGGAGCCCCGCGGCCCCCAGCUGGACGCUGCCGCGCUAACCGGGCCGGAAACUCACGGAUUUGGGUUUAUUUGUGCGUUACUGAUGUUGAAACGAUGCUGCCUGGUGGUUCUGCUUCCAGACAGGAACUCCUGCUGUUGUCUGGCUGAGUUACAUCAGAGCGCCGUUCAGUUCAGACACAGCCAGGUUCACGCUAAAGCAAAACGGCACAGCAGACAGAAAAAUAACUUUUUACUUUUAGUUGUUUAUUGAACUUUGAUGUUUUCUCCACAAAAAUCUUAUUCAUUCU